AGGAAUGAGAGAUAGUACUAAGAUAAAGAUGACUAUAAUAUAGCAAGCUUGGGUAUCAGGUGGAGUUUUCAAACCACUCUCAUUGGAGCUGGUUGUGAUCAGGCCAAUUUUGAGUUGAUAGAACAUGUCUUACAGGCAUUGGGAGGGUAUUACACUGUUGCUCAUGAGAAAGGCUCUAUGGCUGGUUGUACAGACUAGGGUGGUGAAAUUUAUUGUAUCAUAAAAGUGUUACAUUGAACUAUUAAGUUAAAGGGCUCUGAAGACUGAAAUGAUGAGUUUGAAUAAAUUCUCUUGGGGCUUCAAGAAUAUGCACAAUUAAGGAAUGCAGGGAAGAACAGGAGUUGGAAAAGGUGUAAGCAACUAUAAAGGGGGACAGAUGAGGACUUGUGUAGAUGAUUCUUGUUUUGGAGACUCACUUUUAUCUUUUUCAUCGUAGCUCUACUUACCUCAGGAUUGGUGCAGAAGAUACAAAGAUGCACUAAAAUUUCUCCCUUAAUCACUGCCAAGCAGAAACUUGGAUGAUCCUCAUGGAAAUUGUCUCCAUUGGCAACCAGACUAUUACUGAGUUUGUCCUUCUUGGUUUCUAUGACGUAGCUGAACUGAGUCUCCCUUUCUUUAUUGUGUUCACGCUCACCUACGCCUCCAUCAUUGCAGGGAACAUGCUCAUCAUUGUGGCAGUAGUUAGCUCUGAGAGGCUCCACACACCCAUGUAUUUCUUCCUGGCUAAUCUGUCCUUCCUGGAGAUCCUCUAUACUUCCACAGUGGUGCCAAAAAUGUUGGAGGGCUUCCUGCAGGAGGCAGCCAUCUCGGUGGCUGGCUGCUUGCUCCAGUUCUUUAUCUUUGGUUCUCUAGCCACUGCUGAAUGCUUCCUGCUGGCUGUCAUGGCAUAUGAUCGCUACCUGGCAAUCUGCUACCCACUCCGCUACCCACUCCUGAUGGGGCCCAAAUGGUGCUUGGGGCUGGUGGUCAUAGCCUGGCUCUCGGGCUUCAUGGUAGAUGGACUGGUUGUGGCCCUAAUGGCUCAAUUGAGAUUCUGUGGCCUCAACCACAUUGACCACUUUUACUGUGACUUUAUGCCUUUGAUGAGCCUGGCCUGCUCAGAUCCCAGUGCAGCCCAGAUGACAACAUUCAUUCUCUCUGUGGUCUGCCUCACUGUUCCCUUUGGACUGACCCUGACAUCUUAUGCCCGCAUCGUGCUGGCUGUUCUGAGAGUUCCUGCUGGGGCCAGCAGACGAAAGGCUUUCUCCACGUGCUCCUUCCACCUAGCUGUAGUGUCCACAUUCUAUGGAACUCUCAUGGUGUUGUACAUUGCACCCUCGGCUGUCCACUCCCAGCUCCUCUCCAAGGUCUUUGCCCUGCUCUACACUGUGGUCACCCCUCUCUUCAAUCCUGUGAUUUACACCCUGAGGAAUAAGGAGGUUCAUCAGGCACUACGGAGGCUUCUCUGCAUUAAAUAAUCUGAAACACUUGAUUGAGAAAGGAUGGUGGUAAAAAAUUUGUUUGGACUCUGGAUAUCUCUAUUGGGGUGUCUUCCAGGCUUGGCUGGGGAGGAAUAACUUUGUUGUGUUCUGACAUUUCUCUGUGAAAAGUUUUAUAGUUAUCAUAGUCAUACUAAAAAUGAAUAUGUGAAAGAAGGCAAGGCUAUACAAUGGAGAAAAAUGAAUAUGGGGCUGGACCUAGAGGUUAUCAUAGUAUGUGAAGUAAGUCAGAGAAAGAUAAAUAUCAUAUGAUAUCACUUAUAUGUGGAAUCUAAAACAGUGACAUAAACAAAUUUAUUUACAAAACAAAACAGACUCACAGACAUAGAAAACAAAGUUAUGGUUACCAAAGGAGAAAGAGGGGAGUGGUAAAUCAGAGUUUGGGAUUAGCAGAUUCAAACUACUAUAUAGAAAACAGAUAAACAACAAGAUCCUGCUGUGUAGCACAGGGAACUAUAUUCAAUAGCUUGUAAUAACCUAUAAUGAAAGGGAACAUGAAAAAAAGUAUAUAUAUGUGCAUAACUGAAUCACUAUGCUGUACACCAGAA